AUGGACGACAAGGAGAAAGAACAAGUAACAAAAAGGACAAAGAAGGAAACCAAGAGGGAAGACCUUGAGACCCUGAGUGGUACAAAUUGGCUAAAUGACGAAGUCAUUAACGAUUAUAUGGACUUGAUUAGAGAUGAAAAAACAUACGUCAUGAGCUCCUUCUUUUUCCCUAGACUGCACCACAACGGAUAUGCUGCAGUCAAAAGAUGGACUAAAAAAGUCAAUAUCUUCAAAUACGAAAAAGUGAUUGUCCCAAUCAAUUUGGGCAAUCACUGGUGCCUGGCAACAAUAAAUUUCAUAGCAAAAACUAUCAUGUACUAUGAUAGUUUUAAAAAAGAAAAUCCCAGAUCUCUGGAGACCCUUCUCCAAUAUUUGAUCGAAGAGGCAAGGCAAAAAGAAGGAGAGCCGAUAAUGAGAGAAAAAUGGCAUCUGGCAGCCAAAAUGGACAUUCCUCGGCAAUCCAACGGAUACGAUUGUGGGGUAUUCGUUUGCAUGUACGCCCGAUGCAAGAUCUCCGAGAGAAAGAUGGAGUUCACCCAAAACGAAAUGCCCAUAAUAAGGGCGAAAAUGAUGCGAGAGUUCAAGGCGGGAUGCCUCGAAGAGUGA